CCAAUCACCACUAUAUAUACGUCGACGGACUCUACAGGAGCAUAGUCACCUUUGACUUACUCUUCAAUACAUCCUCAACAACAAAAAUGGCCUUUAAGUUCAUCGUCUUCUCCUGCCUCGUGGCUCUGGCCCGCGCCAGCGUUGCCCCCGCAGCGGUCGCCGCGCCUCUCGUGGCCGAGCCCGUUGUAGCCGCAGCGCCGGUAGCCGCAAGAUUGGAAGAAUUUGACCCCCUCCCUCAAUACCGUUUCGGAUAUGACGUGGCUGACGCUCUCACCGGUGACUACAAGAGCCAGACAGAGGAGCGUAAUGGUGAUCUGGUCCAAGGCAGCUACUCGCUGGUGGAUCCCGACGGCACUCGUCGUGUUGUGGACUACUCUGCUGACUCCAUCAAUGGUUUCAAUGCGGUGGUGCGUAAAGAGCCGCUGGUAGCUGCUGCGCCCGCUGUGGUUGCGGAGCCCGCGGUCGUGCCCGCCCGUCUCGCCGCCGCGCCCGUCGCCGCCGCACCCGUGGUCGCUGCUCCCGUAGCCGCUCGCAUAGCUGCUGCUCCAGUCGCUCCCGUUGUCGCCCCUGUCGCCCGAUACACCGCCGCCUAUGCUGCUCCAUUGGCCUACCCCGCGCCCGUCGCCAGACUUGCCGCCUACAGCGCUCCCCUAGCAUACGCGGCUCCCGCAGCAAGAUACGUUGCUCCUGCAGCUAAGCUUGUCGCCGUCUAAAUAUCCUGACAUUGUACCCAAGAACUGAUUUCAACAUUAAAUGGCUAAUACAUUUUUUACAACUUA